AUGGAAGAUGACAAGCGAGGAAUUCUGCCAAAUGUGGCUAUUAAAAGAAGUCCAGAAAACAAUUCAAAUAUCACCAUACAAACAACUCCUAUAACAACAACAACAACAACCUCUACAUUUACAAACAAUUGUACCAACAUCAAGACCGAAAACAACAACAACAAUAAUAAGUGCAGCAGCAGUAGUAGUAAUAAUAAUAAUAAUAAUAGUAAAGAACAGGAUCGGUUCCUUCCAAUAGCGAAUGUGGGACGAAUCAUGAAGAAAGUGAUCCCAGGAAAUGGAAAAAUUUCAAAAGAUGCAAAGGAAACGGUCCAAGAAUGCGUGUCAGAGUUCAUUAGCUUUGUUACUGGUGAAGCAUCAGACAAAUGCCAACGCGAGAAGAGGAAGACGAUUAAUGGCGAUGACAUUAUAUGGGCUAUCGGAGUCCUUGGAUUCGACGAAUAUGUGAAUCCAUUAAAGCAAUAUCUUAACAAGUAUAGAGAACUUGAAGGUGAAAAACUAAAUGUUCCUAAUAAGCAGCAUCAGCAGCAGCAACAACAGCAACAGCUACAUGAUCACGCGCAUUCGCCUAGUUUACCUAAUUACAACAGCGUAUAUAAUUCACCCUCAGGUCUUGGUUUGCCUCAACCUUCAUUUGUGUCAACAGAUCAAUCGUUUCCGUUGCCAUUGAUUUCACAGAAUUCAAUUCAAUCCCAAUUAUCUCAACAAGAGCAGCAGAUUGACUCUGUUGGGCAUUGGUAAAAAAAUGAAUAGUUUUGAUCAUUAUACGUAAUUUAUCUUUUUUUUUCUUUUGGUAUUUUCCUCCUUUCAUUUGAAAAUUUUUGUAACGUAAAAUGAUAUAGGAUGAGCAUACUGUUAUAUUACAUUGAAAUUCUUAGACGGCU